GGAAGCUCACGAUGAAGCCCCCUCGCUCGCGGGAGCCAUGGAGGUUUUUUAUAUGUAUGCCGUAAACAUUCUGUUUGAUAAUUCAAAAGAAAAAAACAACAACAUAGCAAAUGCUUUCAAGCUUUUUUCGACACUACUACCACUCAGAAAUGGCUGCUGGCAACAAUUAUAGAGUACCCUUGGAUUUUCAUGAGAGAGAUCAGUUUGCCGACCACUCCAUUUUGGAGCUUCCGGCCGAUCAGUACUUGAUGUUCGAUGACUGCUGGGUGGAGGAGGAUCCGCCGUCUGAUGCUUCUGGGUCUGUUCAGAAUCCUGUUUAUCAAGCAAAUGAAGUCGUCGAGUCUGGUGGGAGUCGCAGCAGCCACCCUGAUGGGUCUAGUAGAACGAGAGAGCGUGAGAAUGACAACGAGAGAAGGGAAGUGAGAGAAAGAGUUGCGUUUAGAACAAUAUCAGAGGUUGAAGUUCUGGACGACGGGUUCAAGUGGAGGAAGUAUGGGAAGAAAAUGGUCAAGAACAGCCCAAAUCCCAGAAACUACUACAGAUGUUCCGUUGACGGAUGCCCUGUGAAGAAAAGAGUUGAGAGAGAUAACGAGGAUCCAAGGUGUGUGAUUACAACAUACGAAGGCGUCCAUAACCACCAGAGUUCUUUCUAGUUCUUCUUCUUCAUCGUGAGUGCAGCGCACUAGAGCCUGCUGCUGCUGCACACUGUAAUGUACUACAUGGUACAACAACUCCGGUACUAGAUUUAGUAGACAAGUAAUGCUAUUAUUUUACGUCUAUUUCGCGACGUUGACGUGAUACUUUCGAUCGAUUUCUAGACUAAUUCUUCUUAAAAGAAAAUGCCAAGAAUCGAUUGAGAUUGUUAUAUCAAUAUUGUAUGGUGAUGAUUGUAAAAUAAUUAAGAGCAUGAUUUCUAACGUUAUAUAGUAUCCUUGCGAUCCUUGUAGUUAUAAGGUGUUUUGUCAAUGUCAGGACAAGUGAUGUGGACAUGGUUUGUACCAUGAUCUUCUGCUCAUGUACAUUGAAGAUA